AUGAAUACCUAUUCAAAAUUUUCAAAAAUGCCCAAAUUGUUUUAUUUAUCCGCAUUGUUCUUGGCGCCGAAGUAUGUGACAAGCCUAUGUCAGGCUAAUGAUUUUUUAAAAGCCCAAUUAAAUGUUUUAAAUUCAAGGAAUUUAUCUGAAACUUCUGUUGUAAAUGAUAAUUUAAGUAAUAAUGUAAAUAAUUUAAGAGAUGAACCCAAAUUUGAUGAGAUUGGAAAUCCGAAACCAAUUAAUGAUUUUGUGAUGGCAAUGUUUCUUGCUAGCGAACCUGACGAUUCUAGUAACCCGAUUAGCCCCAAAACGAUGUUUACUAUUAGUAGUAUCUCUGAUGAAAACGACUUGGAUAAUGUAAAUAAUAAAACACAUCAAAGUAAUCAGAUUAGGGAAUCAUUUAGCAAUAGUAUGGAUGAUUAUUUACAGUCUUAUAGUAAUAUAAUUUCAGUUGGUAAUGCCAAUGAUCCCCAUUCUAGUAAAACAGAACCUUCAAACGAAAAUAGCGCACCCACGUGUUCGGGGGAUAGAAGUGGCGACCAAGGUACCGAAUAUAAUUCACAAAACAUAACUCACAAUGACGAAAUGAAAAAAAAAUCUUUAAAAGGGUUUAUAAAAAGUGAUAACUGUAAAAAGGAUAAUGCACAUGAAAAGAAAAAUGAAAAGAAAAGUAAAAAGAAAAGUGAAAAGAAAAGUGAAAAGAAAAGUGAAAAGAAAAAUGAAGAGAACAGUGAAAAGAAAAGUAAAAAGAAAAGUGAAAAGAAAAAUGAAGAGAACAGUGAAGAGAAAAGUGAAAAGAAAAGUGAAAAGAAAAGUAAAAAGAAAAGUGAAAAGAAAAGUGAAAAGAAAAAUGAAGAGAAAAGUGAAGAGAAAAGUGAAGAGAAAAAGAAAUAUGAAAAUAAAAAAUAUCAUUUAAACGAUAAUUUGGAACUUGAAGAGUCUUUCGAAUGGAAUAAAAGUGAAACAGAAAUUUCUUCUAAUCUUUCAGUUUGUAGCAAAUCAAAAGAAACACUUGGAAUUUUGGAAUCGAAUUUGAUUGAAAAAUUACAUAAUAACUCAUCCUUAUCGAACGUGUUGGAUUCUAUACAUACUAUUAAAGAGAUUGAACAAAAUAUUUUUAAGAUUAUGAUGUUAGAAGAACAAAAUAGUUGUAUCCUUUUAGGAAAAAUUAAUAACAUACCACAGAAAUUUAUAAAAGAAAAAUGGAAUUUUGCUCAUAACAAGAUGCGCCAAGAAAUAAAUGAUAAAUUCCCUAAAAUAUUUGAUGAUUUAUAUAAUUAUGCUAAAAAAAAUAGUGGAAAUACUAAGGAUUUAAUUUCCGAUAUAAAAAUGACUCAAAACAAGUGUACGCGAUUAAGAGAGUUAAUACACAAGGAUAACCAACAUUUUUUUAUGGAAAACAUUAAGCAGUUUUUGAAGGACAUACAAAGCUAA